CUUUUGUCACCACUUGCUAUUAUUACAUGUUCAGUUUAUACCAUACAUGUAGAUGCUCCAUCCAAGGGCGAGGUGCAAAUUUGCCCAACUUCCAGCAUGUAGGCAUUUCUCUACCUCAUCAAUCGAGAUUCAUCCCAUAGUCUGUAUCUUCUAGCCAAAAUCUGUGCUGAUCGCAAAUCCGACGGGAUGCAACGGCCCCAUCUAAAGGUAGCUGUUAUUCAUUACAUCGGGUUGCAGACCUGAAUUUCACAGACAAACUGGGCGAGACCCUCUUCUCCACCUACCCAUUGGAAAAACGGACUUGACGAGUAUAUACAUUGUUGGCAGUAAACGGUUGGAUUCCAGUUGACGAAUAUAAACUUCCACAGCAAUGAGUGAAUUAAUUCGCUCAUUUUCAUACGAGGGGAAAAAAGAAGUUUAGCAUUGUAAUCAGGCAGUUUAGCUCGAUUGUGGUCCUAACGUGCCGACGCGUAAGAUUUAUUAUGUCUGUUGCCCAAAAAGCCAAAGAAAAAGUUAAAUCAUCAUUAAUUCAAGAGGCAUAUUUUGCUGUUAGCGUUGUUUUUAGCGUUAACUUUGACUUAGUCCACUCACUUUACGUAACCUUUGGUGCAAGUCACUGACAAAAGACAUCCAUAGUUAAUCCAAGAUGUUUUGUGAAUUCAGAGGCUCUUUUUGCUCUUAGUGUUGUUUUUAGCAUUAGCCUUCCAUCAGUCCACACACUAGAUGUACAUUCUAGAAAGCAUUUCGCCAAAGAAAACCAAUCAAGAAGUGGAUGUUUGUGCACUUGUAAGGCCAAAGCUAUAAACAACGUUAACAGCAAAAUACGCCCCUUGGGUUAACUGUGUUUGUUUGUUUUUUGGGGGAUGAUACACAUUCUAAAUAUUACAAGAAGUGAAAAGUACUUAACCUCCGUAAUAAAUCUGUUUCGUUUUUGGUUUACGUCAUGCAACCGCUGUAAUUUUAAAAGAUGUUUCGCCCCCCCAAAAAAAGAGAAAAAAACAAUAGUGGUUAAUACAAGAGGCGUAUUUUGCCGUUAGCAUUGUUUUUAGCAUUAGCUUUGAUCUGUUUUGACCGUCGGCCACAGUUACCAUAAACAACUGUUCUCGUUUUAACAUUCUUAAUUGUCAUACACUUGUGCAAUGACGUUAUCACAGUAGUAAGGCAGCUUGGCUCAAUUUUGGUGUUAACAAAAUGAUUACGUGCAACAUCCAAACAUUGUUUGUCCAAGACAUUUUGUGUGACCGCAGAGGCAUAUUUUGUUAGCAUUGUUUUUAGCAUUUGCCUUGCCAUACCAUCAGUGCCAUUGUCUUCUUGAUUUGUUUUGAUAGUGGGCAAACUUUAAUUUAACCGACUAAGAUGCUUAACUUCCAUACAAGUGUAAAAAAAAAAAAAAAAAAAAAAAAAGUAGUUUUUAGCUUCAGUCUUCAGUGAGUCACCUCAUUUUAUUUAACUUUUAGAAUGCGUGUCACCAAAAAAAAAAAAAAAAGCCAAACAUAGUUACAUUGCUGCAAUUAUUUUUGGGUUUUAGCGUUGGCCUUCUGUGAGUCCGCUCACUUCGCAUAACUUUUAGAACGUGGGAAAGAUACCGACUUGGAAUGGGGGGUUGAAGUCAAUUAAUUUCCCUGCACAUGCUAAUAAGUCUGGCUCUUGAAUAAAAGCCAGUUUUGCCAAACCUGUGUGAAAGGGGCAAGUGUUAACGAAUUGUGGUCAGCUCGCCCCCAUAGUGUUGGCAUUGAAACUAAAACCCCUUUCAUACUGCCCAUCAAAGCCAGCCUUUUCAUCUGUCGCUGCCCUGUGUGAAUGAGAUGAUCAGAGAUGUAGGCUGCGUGAAAGUAGUGGAAAACCGGGAUCAGGGUGCGACCUUUAACACACCAUUUUAUCUCUUUGGGAGACACUUAAUUAUCCUGCUUUUGUGGGUUGUGUGUGAAAGGCACAGUCUGAUGACUCCUGACUUGACCACUAUUUUGUUAAAACUGUCACACUAUUCAUCAAUGUAGGCAUUUUCCUUUUUCUCAUCGCUGUGAAAGGUACCGACACAGUCACAGAAUAGGCGGUUGGAUCCUCCGUCGGGGGUAGUAUUAGAGGCGGGUGUAAUUAAAAUCCGGGACCUGGCUGCAAAGUUGUACACAUAGUUUUACCUGUUUGCGGAACGCUUCAUCAUCUGUGGCAUUUUCUUGCGUGUGUUCUGUGUAGAAGGUACCGACACGGAAUGGGAGGUUGAAGUUGACUCGCAAAUUUCCCAUCUUUUGCGGUAGUAUCAGAGGUAGGACGGCAUCCGGGUUAAAGGGAAGAUUUAACACCUGACACUUCUCCUGUCCUGUGGUAUCAAUUGUGGCGCACAAAAACAGUGCCGUGUGAAAGGCACGUGCAAAUAAAUGACAAAUCUUCUGUUAUGUCUUGGAAUGUUGUGUAAACUUUGUGUGAAAGGGGCUAAAGUCUCUUUUUGCAGCAGAUCUAAGAGCAGACAAGGCAGUGACAAUUGUGACAACGGGGAGAAGAAGUGAGUGUCGGGUUUUAAACUUCACACCCCUGUCCUGGCUUUUCGGUCACCUUUCAUACAGCCGCCGUCCUGCCUAUAAUACUAAAAUUGUUUCAUUUGCAGAUUGACUUGACCGCACCCCCAUUUUGUGUCCCGUAUUCCAUGUACCGUUCACACGAUACUACCUCCAAAGUGGGAAAAUUGGUCGUCCGAUCUCGAGCACCUCGUCCUGUGUCGGUACCUUACACACGGGACAGCGCUGGAGGAAAAGGCCAGCUUGGAUAGGCAGUGUGAAAGGGUCUCAAGUCUCUGUUUGCUGAAGGUCCCCGUCUGCUCUCGGACCAUCACAAUUGUUUUGACCUCUAUAACUCCACCUGACACCCCUUUGCCGCAUUCACGGGUGUCACUAGCCCGGAGGUCAGCAGGUUAACAGCCUGUCAAGACGAGGGACACUUUGACUCCAGCCGUUUAGCGGCGCAACAGGUGGAAGUUGACAGCUAGUCGGUGUAUAGCCAAGAAAUGUAUUGAUUUCAAUAUUGACUUUGUGUGAGCAAGUAGUAGUAGUUUUAAGGUCAAAACUACCACUUUUCCUGGACAAAUAUUUCACUUUUGAAAUAUUUGUGUAGUUUUUAAGGAAACAUUAUGCAUGCUUCAUGUAGCCUUUUUGUGAGCAAAUAGUAUUUUAAUGACAAAAUAUUACAUUUAGAUGGGAAACCACUAUAUUGCUGGCUAAAUAAAGCACUGCUGAGUGUGACAAUACGUCCAUCCAUCCAUCCAUUGUUCUGAGCCGCUUCUCCUCACAAGGGUCGCGGGAGUGCUGGAGCCUAUCCCAGCUAUCAUCGGGCAGGAGGCGGGGUACACACUGAACCGGUUGCCAGCCAAUCGCAGGGCACAUACAAACAAACAACCAUACGCACUCACAUUCACACUUACGGGCAACGUAGAGUCUUCAAUUAACCUAGCAUGCAUGUUUUUGGGAUGUGAGAGGAAACCAGAGUGCCCGGAGAAAACCCACCCAGGCACGGGGAGAACAUGCAAACUCCACACAGGCGGGGCCGGGGAUUGAACCACGGUCCUCAGAACCGUGAGGCAGACGUUCUAACCAGUCGGCCGCCGUGACAAUGCAUAGUGUGCAAAAUAUUUGAGCAGUGUUUUUUCAAGCAAAACCACGUUUUCAUGUCUAAUGUAGCCUUUUUUUGUGAGCAAAUGGUGUUUUAAUGGCGAAAUAAUUGCAUUUAAAAUGGGAAAGUCGCUUGUUUAAGCAAAAACUGUGUUUGUGAACAAAUACCUCCUUCCCCAUUGAAAUGAAUGGAAAUGCCAUUAAUCUGUUCUAGCCUCCCCAAAAACCCAACAAAAAUGCUUGUAAUUUAUUUUAAUGUAAUGUUUUUUAAUAGGAAAAAUGGCCCUCUAUAGUAUUGUUGUUGAUUUAAAAAAAACAUCUUGUAAUAAAAAAAAUUAAAUAAAAUGUAGACAAUUGUGCAUCAUGAUUGAUUUACAGUGGCUCCUUCUGGUGUGUGCGACUUGGCCACGCGGAGGCACGAUAAAAUUGUCAGGCAGAGAAAAAUGAAGAAGAGUUCCACAACUUCUGUGACUCUGUGAGCUGCAGUAAUUUUAGUGGUUUUAUGCAGAAGAUUAAGAAUACCGGUAUAUGCCUGUGAAUAUUGUUAUAUUGUCUGUCUACGUGUUACUACAUUGUUUGUGUUAAAUAUCCAUCCAGAUGACCUAUAUAUUUCACUAACAAGUUCUCUUGUGUUUUUUUAUUUUUUACUUUUAUUUUAUUUUUUCUUAAGACAAUGAAGCUGGCAAUCAUUUCCAAUAAUUGCCCUUGAAUAGCCACUUUUUCAUCGCCAAAAUUGAUGUGCCGCCAUGUGUUGAGGUGACAUCAUCGACAGAACUGGAGACCAAAUUCGCUGCAAAGGAAGGCUCAGAUGAGAGGCCGUCCAUGAUGUGGAGCUAACGCCACCAGCUGCUAAACCAGCAGGAAGAGACGUGGACGCGGCGACAUCCACAGCCCACGCAUGGCGGUAUUAGGGAACCCUGACAUGCUGACGAGGAAGAUCAAACUCUGUCAUAUUAACGCCCACAUCACGUGUCGACUGUGCGAAGGUUACCUGAUUGACGCCACCACCGUCACAGAGUGCUUGCACACAUUCUGUCGAAGCUGCCUUGUGAAGUAUCUGGAAGAGAACAACACGUGUCCCACAUGCAGGAUUGUUAUUCAUCAGAGCCAUCCACUGCAGUACAUCGGCCAUGACAGAACAAUGCAAGACAUUGUGUACAAGUUGGUACCCGGACUUCAAGAGGCGGAGAUAAAGAAGCAGCGGGACUUCUACCAGAAGUUGGGCAUGGACGUGCCCGGCGACAUUAAAGGGGACCUCUGCAACAUGAAGACUCAUCUGGACCAGCACAAUGGAGAAACCAAGUCCGAGGACUCGACCAAUAAGGAAGCAGGAGAGGAGAAAGCAGAAGAGGACAACGACUAUCACCGUAGCGAUGAGCAGGUGAGCAUCUGCCUGGAGUGCAACAGCAGCAAACUGCGAGGCCUCAAGCGCAAGUGGAUCCGAUGCUCUGCGCAGGCCACGGUCCUCCACCUCAAGAAGUUCAUCGCCAAAAAGCUCAACCUGACCUCCUUUAACGAGUUGGACAUUUUAUGCAAUGAGGAAAUCCUGGGCAAGGACCACACUUUGAAAUUUGUUGUCGUGACGAGAUGGAGAUUUAAGAAAUCGCCCCUCCUGCUCCAUUACAGACCCAAGAUGGAUCUGCUGUAGCUCAAACGGACACACCAUUUCUUGUUUUAGUUUUGUUUUUAAUUUUGUAUUUUCUCGUCGUCGAUCCUGUCCCGGUGUGCUGUUUUUAACCAACGUAUGCAAAGACGAUCAACCAGCAGCAGCGAGUAAACGUCACAACAACAAAACCACACUCAACACAAAAAGCCAGCAACUCGGGGAGGUACCACAACACUGGCGUUGUUUCCUUUUUUUAAAUGUUGUUUUUAUUUUAAUUUUUUUAUUCCAUUUUUUUUUUUUUUUUUUUUUCAUUUUUGCGCGCUACAUCCGAGAUAUGUGAAAAAGAAGAAAGGAAAAGACAAAAAAAAGAAAUGGAGAUAAAGCAUAUAUUUAUACUUUUGUACAGUUUAAGAAGAGACACAACCAUAAAAAGACACUACACUGGUGCUCUGUUUACAUGCAAAUGAGAUGUCGGGGGCGGGCGGGGGUCACGUGACCAUCUUUCGGCCAAUCGCAGCGUAGGAUGAAAUGUUUUAUAUGGUUUUGUUAUUAGGGACGAAGAUUUUCUAUGCGUGUCCAUCUUAAGCUGGCUAUGGAGUUAAACGUCUCUGAAUGUGUCUUUUUCGCCCAGGCCCCGCCCCUUUUCCCAUCUAAUUUGCUAUUGAUGAUUGUCCAUUGUGAAUAGGCUUUGUGUAGUAAUUUAUGUUCUAUAUAAUGUACAUACAAUGUGCUUAUAGGAAGCGAGCGGCAGAGAAUAAGAGAGAGACUUUUAGACUGUUAAAAACAGAACGCGUCCAGAAGUGCUAUCUAUAUCAAAAAUAUAUCUUCUUUUUACAUUUUUUUAAAAUGGUUUUGCUAUUAUUUGAACAAAGCAGAUCUGCGGCGUAACAGCUCCCGCCACCUGUCCUCUAUCCCGUCCCGUCUCUUCUGAAUGACAGCAACAAUUCUGCAUCAUUAAAAUGCCUCCCCCCCCCCCCACACACACACACACGAAAUGUUAAAAAAAAAAAUUGUUUGAAAGGGAAAAUUGAUGCAUCAGCGCUGUUUUUAUUUCAUUUAUCCAUCUCUAAUUUUCAACACAAAGCCCAGCAAAGGGGAAUGUAAAAUGCCAGAUCAAAAGCUGUAACAUAAGAUUCCGGCAUUAGCCGCCUCUUAUCUUUUGACACAGAGAACAGCAAAGGUGAUAAAUGCCAGAUCAUGAGCUGUAACAGUCGAUAUAGGCAUUUAUGAAUUUACCUUUUUAACACAGUGCCCAUAAAUGUUCGAUCAAGACACGUAAUAGCAGGUCUGACAUUCUUUCUCUACCUUUUGACACGGAGUCCAGCGAAGGGAUAAAUGCCGGAUCAAGAGCAUUUAUUUGUAGGGUCUCUGUGUGAAAAGGGUGCACGGUUGACUUUGUUCAGCACUUUGACGCAGACACGCUGCAACAUUGCUGCAUCAAAACCCAGAAUUGAUCUGUAUUCAUCUUUUGCCACAGAGCCCAGUAAAGGGGAGAAAUGUUCUGACUGUGAUGCGGCCAUUUUGCAGCGUCUCUGCGUGAAAUUGCCGAAGGGGUCCCGCCAAUCAAAUCUGCCGCAGAUGUCCAUUUAAUUACAUUUUCCACCCUCUUUUAACAGCCAUGUUGAAAUCAGACUGUGGCCAGGCUGUCCUGUUUCAUCAAAUAACUGCAAAUUCUCCCUUUUAAAACGACACGUACCGAGAAGAAAACGCUCCGUUUGAACUUUUGCCGACAGAUGUCGCGUGAUGCUGUUUUUUUUUUUGUUUGCAUUUGGAAACCACGGUGAUGUCUAGCGGAUCAGCCGAGAGACUGAGUUGGGUGUAGAAAUGUCAAACAAGGUGCUCCAAAUCCAUCAGUCUGAAUUUUCUAGUGUUUUUUGUUGUUGUUGUUGGUGUUUUUUGUUUUUCUUGAAUUUGUCAUGGCUGACAACACGACACAUGCUCAUUGUUGUUGUUGAACGUUGGCGAAAACAACCGAGUGUUAAUCUCAGUCCAGUCGUGACAUUGGUGCUUUCUCUGGUGCUAACCCAAAACCCCUGUUGGACUGCAUAUUCCCUCCCCCCUCACAAAACAUGGCUCCCUAUUGGCUCGGUUCUUUGCUUCUUGAUUGGCAGGCUGUCUGCAGUCCUUUCAUAUGAAGACUGUGCAAAAAUUGCAGCAACAGAAGAUCCGGCAUUUAUCCAUCUUUAUCGUUUGACUCAAAACCCGACAAAGGGAACAAAUGCCAGAUUUUCUAUUACUGCACCGAUGCAGUGAUUCUCCAGGGUCUCCGUGUGAAAGCAGAAGUUUUCACCUCAGACCUCUGUUAGGUUUUGAAGUGUUAAUUUUGUAAGGUCACUGUGUGAAAGAGAGAGUUGCCAUAUCAGUGCCCAGCCAAGGGGAUGAAUGCCGGAUCUUCUGUGUUCUGUGUCACUUUUCUCUGUCACACAGAGACCCUGCAAAAUUGACGCAUUGGAGCCAUAACAGAAAAUCUGGCAUUUCAAUCUUGGCCGUAUCGUUUGCCACAGAAUUCAAUAAAGGGGAUGGAUAUGUUCCGGUCCCGAUGCCACGAUUUUGCAGGAGAUAUUGUGAAAGAGACCUUUUGUCACAUAGACGUACAAAAGGGUUAAUGUUCUCUGUCAUGCAGAGAUCCUGCAAGAUUGCCACAAUUGUGCAGCAUCUCUGUGUAAAAGAAGGUUGUUGCAUCAGAGCCUUAACAGAAGAUCUGGCUUUUAUACGGGCAUUACUUUUUGCCAAAGAACCCAGCAAAGGGGAUCUCUGUGUGAAAAAAGCUGAAGGCCUGUCAAUCAAGUCGCGCUGCGUAAAAAUCAGCUCUUUGGCUCAUUUUCACUUAAACGUCCGUGAGCAUUUUUUAAACUUUAUUUUUUAUUUUUAUUUUAUUUUUUUGCAUUCUGGAUUCCUGAUGUCCACGUCGGCGUGUAUCACACACACAAACAACACGACGCGUGUGUUCUUUUUCAGGUUUGAAGAAUGAAGGACAAAUGUGCAAUAUGGCUUUUCAUGUGUGUUUCCAGUCAGGUCCUCAGGUCACAAAAUGCCUUCUCAGCGUUCACCUUUGUACCCCAGCCCCCAAAAAAAAAAAAAAAAAAAAAAAAACACCACUCCAUCCCCACUCUCCCCUCCGCCCCUUUGCCUACUUUUUGUAUUAUUUAUUGCGGCUAUGUAAUGAAAGCGAUUUCCUUGGCGAACCUUUUUGGAGGGGGUUGCGGUUCGAGAGCGGGUCCUGAAUUUCUUAUCUUCAAAAAAAAAAAAAAAAACCACAGAAGCUUUUGUCCAAACUUAAACUGUGUAUUUAAUCAAUAAAUGCCUUUUAAAAGUUGCCGGCUGCUCUGUGCGCUGUCCUUUUGCUACCUGAUGCGGUCAAGAGGUUCAGAACAUGGGCUGCUGCCACGGGGAACAAUGUGGACAAAAAAAGAAAAAAAAAAUGAAUGCCAGAGAUUUGCUGGGUCUCUGUAAAAUACAUGAAAUUCACUAGAAAUAGUCCUUUUUUCAUGCCGAGACCCUGCAAAAUUGCAAUAACAUGAGUCGUAACCUGUCUGGUAUUUUGCUGUUUUUACCUUUGUACGCAGAACACAGCAAAAGAGAUGAAUGCCACCUCGUGUGAUGUGGUAAUUUUGCAGGGUCUCCAUGUAAAAAAGCUGAAACGGACGAGAAAUACUCUUUUAUACAGAGACUCUGCUAAAUUGUACCACCAUGAGAGACAUACCUGUUUGGCGUUUAGCCAUCUUUACCGUUUUACACAGAACCCAGCAAAAGGGAUGGAUGGCAGGUCUACUGAUUUGAUGAUUUCUCAAAGUCUCUGUGUGAAAGAGCUGGAACAGACCAAGUCCUCUUUCACGAAGAGACCCAGCAAAUUUGCAAUGCUAUUCUUUACAGUUUUACACAGAGCCCAGCAAAGGGGAUG